AUGAAUACGAGUCUUUUUGGACAAUCAACACCUGUAAAUUUAAAUCGAACAGAAAAUAGUUUUCUAUUUGGUAAUACAAAGACAACACCACAUUCAACACCAUUUUUAUCAUCAAAUUUACAUGGAGCACCUACUAUUAAUAAACCAUCGCCACUUGAGACUACUACUUUUCACAAGCAUGGAUCAGCUGUUGGAUUGGAUAAAGCUAAUAAAAAUACUAUACAAACAUCAAAUCAUACAAAAUCAUCUAAUGAUUUUAGUUCAGAUAUUUAUAAAGAUAAUCAAAAAUGUUCAUCAUCAUCAUCUAAAAUCUCAACAACAACAUUACCAGGAUCAAGUUCAUUUUUAUAUGAUAAUAAAUCAUUCUCAAAAGAAUCUAAAACAUUCUCAUUUGAAAAUAAUCAACCUUCAACAUCAACUUUUACAUUCGGUAAUUCGUCAUCAUUCUUUCCAACUACAACAAAUAUAAGCAUACCUUGCGAUUUUUCAUUAUCAAAACCAGUAAUUACAUCAUCAAUUCGUACUUCUUCUAUUUUAUUUUCAACAAUGCAUCCAUCAACCACAGCAUCCUUUGAUUUACAAUCAUUUCGAACAAUGCUUAAUACGCGACCAUUUAAUAAUGAAUCGACUUUUCUUGCAAAAAAUAACAAAACAAAUAUUAAUCUUGAUGAAACUCGUCUUCGUUCUACACUUGAUUCAUCAAAUAUUGGUCAAAAAUCUAAUCUAUUUUCAUCUGUUCUUACUAAGCCUACCGUUCUAUCAUCAAUUAAUCCAUUAUCAAUACAUUCAAAUAAAUUACCAAGUAAUCUUUCAUCAUCAAAAUCAAAUAAACGAAAAUUAGUUGAUUCAUUUAUUGGUGAUGAUGAUGAUAAUAAUAAUCUAUCAAUUAUGGAUGAUGGUCCAUAUUCAAACAAUAAAAUUUCUAAAAUAAAUAUAAAACGUCCACGUACGCUUGAUAUGCAUAAAAUUCGUUCAAUUGUUCUUGGAAAUAAUGAAUCAAAUAAUGAAACACUUUUUAAUAAAUCAUCAUCAUUAACAUCAGACAAUAUUCUUGGAUGGAAAAAAUUUCUUACAUAUGAUGAAUAUAUAUCAUCAAAAAAAUACGAUCAACAAUCAUUUCAUUUACCAAAAUUAACACAUAAUGAUUAUUAUACUACACCAAAAAUUGAAGAAUUACGUUCACACUUUAAUGAACAUGGUCAAUGUUUUGUUAAACAACUUACUAUUGGUCGAAAACAUUAUGGUUCUGUUACAUUUCAAGGUUCACAUAUGAAUUUAGCUGGACUUGAUCUUGAUCGAAUAGUUGAAAUUGGUCGUCGUCAUGUAAUAGUUUAUCCAAAUGAAGAAGAUAGACCAGUAGAAGGUGAAGAAUUAAAUUGUCAAGCUAUAAUAUCAUUAUUAGGUGUUUAUCCAAUUGAUCGUUCAAUAUCAAAUGGUAAUGAAGAAAUUACUGAUCCAGAUCGAUUAAUUAAUAUGAAUUAUAGAAAAUAUUUAGAAGAAAUAACAAAAAAAUUUCAUGGACAAUUAAUUGAUUAUGAUGUUUAUACAGGAACAUGGACAUUUCAAGUUGAACAUUUCUAA